UUAUAUCAUUUUGUAGAUUCAUGGAGCAAGGAUCACCCCCACAAUUCAGAAUGCACAGUACAUCAUUAUAGAAUCAAACUCUUCCUUCAGCGGCCAUCAUUACGAAAGGAAUCUUGAAGGGAAAUUAUUAGAUUCUAGUUGGAUUGGAAAAUGCAUUGGAGCGCGUCGGAUUUUACUUGAGGAUGAUGAUUGGGGCGGGUGUGCGAUCACAAACACUGCACAGGGCGAACAAGCUCCCCCUGACUCGUUCGUCGUUCUUAAUUUGCGCUGUGAGCCACCUUCUGACCGCGUUUAUGUAGACAAUACCUUCCUCCCAGGCUUAUGCGCCGCCCGGAUCCUCGUUCAGGUCCUCUAGGCACUCCAGAUAUUCCUUCUACAUUUCAAUUCAACCCCACUGCAGGCGUCAUUCCCUUUCUACCUCAAUCGCAUACUUCCUCGAACACACCUACUUCAUCCCGCGGGACUACCGCAGAGCCUGCCUUUGUUGCUCGUCAACAACAAGAUGGACAAUCACCAUACCCUCAUACACCUCAAAUUACCCCUAGUCCCAGCUUCCAAGCACCCUCAUUCAUGCAAACCGGUGCUAUGAUGCCCUCAGCCUUUUCUUUGAACCCACAUUUAUUGCAAAUGGUUCCCAAUCAGUUUCAAGAUCAAAACUUCUUUAUGGCAUUUGCAGAUGUUUAUAGAGCCAACAUGAUGAAUCUUGCUGCUCUCUCACAAUUCCAUCAACCACAACAACCAUCAUAUUCUUUUCCAGAGGCUCCACCUGAUACUACACCAGCACCAGUACCAGCACCGGCGUCUAGUAAAGCGAAAUCCACGGAGUCACACAGUGGGUCAUCUAUGGCUUCUUCGAGUCUUCCAUCGAAAGAAUUGUCACGGAAUGACAAAGGCAAACAAAAGGCUUCGCCACCCCCAAGCAGUUCCUCUACCAGAUCCUUUUCAGAGCCACAGACACCCAUAUUUACUCGCAAUGGGAAGAGUGUCAUGUUUUUUGUUCAAAUAGACCUCAGUCAAAGACAUGAUCUUGUGAAUCAAAUCAAGGUGAGAUACAUUGUUAAAAUAUUUUUGGUGAUGACCAACUGCUUCAGAAAAACGGCGGUGCUAUUUCGAAUGAGCUAGACAAAGCAGACUAUGCUAUACUUUCUUCAAGGUCAAAAACCUUUGCCACUCUGUUUCGUACAUCCACGGCUUCAGGGACACCUGCAGUCAUUUCUUCCUUUGUACAUGACUGUGUUAGGAAAGGAAGGGUAUUGUCCCAUGAUCCAAAGUAUCUUGUAGAAGCACCUAAAAAACAGGGCCGACCACCGUCGGAUGAUGU